AUGUGCAUUGCUCUGGUCUCAACUCUGCAUCCGGCCUAUUCCCUGAUCAUUAUUGACAAUCGAGAUGAAUUCCUCCAUCGACCAACCUCAUCCCCCGACUGGUGGCCGGAGCCAUCCUCGUUUGUCCUCGGCUCACGCGACUUAGCGCGGGCUACCCACGGCACCUGGAUGGGGGUGACCAAGCAAGGGAAGGUCGCUGUGCUCACAAACUACCGAGAAGAUACGGCCGGCGAGGCAGUCGGACAAUAUAGCCGGGGCAUGAUCGUCAACAGCUGGCUGACGAGCGCGCUCCAUGAACGACAAACUACUCAUGAUUUCGUGUCGGCGAUGGUGGCUAGUCCCGAAGCCAAGAAGGUCGGCGGAUUUAGUUUGAUAUGUGGUUAUAUCAACGAGCCGCUGGCCAUCGUCUCCAACCGGUCCUCGGAGAUGGGUCACAUCGCCUGGGUGGCGGGAGAGAAGAAUCAGACACGCGGACUAAGCAACACCAACUUCGAUGAUCGCACCUGGCCCAAGAUUCUCGAUGGAGAGAAGCUGAUGCAACAUGCUAUCGAGGACCAUAUCCAGUCCGGGGGAGACGAGAAUGCUCUACUGGAGCGUCUCCUCGGAGUGUUGAGCACCGACACCCUCCCGCGACUCGAGGGCGAGAAGCAAUCACUUGAUACUUACAUCAACCUCCUCCGAAAGAGCCUUUUCAUUCCUGUCAUCGGAACCGACGACGACAAAGACCAGGCCACUAAAGAGACUGCGGCCGCUUGCGUCGAGGACGAAGUCAAUAUACCCGCCAUGAAUGAAUUCCAGAACUAUUCCUCCGGCCCCUAUGGUACACAGAAGCAAACUGUGCUCCUGGCACAGCCCAGCGGCCGCGUGCGAUACUUUGAACGAACUCUGUACGAUGACCAGGUGAACGCAGUCCCGAUCGGCCAGGGCGACCGGUCCUUUGAAUUCCACAUUGAGCCAUGA